CUAACAUUGUUUAUCUGUCAAUGGCAUGUGCAGCGAAACUAACCUCACGAUUUUUUUCAAUGCUUAACCAGAGACAAGUCUCUGGCUUAACAUUACGUUUUAACGAAAUUAAAGCGAUGGCAUCGAAAAAAGAGCUUCUCAAACUGUACAAAUCGCUGAUCAGAGAAUCGCAGAAAUUCGCCUCGUAUAAUUUCCGGAAUUAUGCAAUCCGACGGGUGAACGAUGCAUUUAGGGAAAACCGAAGCUUGAGCGAUCACGAGGAGUUGAAGAAUAAGAUAGCCGAAGGAUACAAGAGUUUGGAAACGAUUAGAAGACAGGCCCUUAUCAGCCAGAUGUACCAAGCGGAGAAACUAGUCAUAGAAAAUAUACGUAAGUAGUAGUCAGCUAGCCAAAAGAGAUUAGGAACUAGGAAUGUUCCGAAACGGGUAUUGUUUUCACAAUCAGUGAUUUUUUUAUUGUGUGAACAACCCCAGUGAACGGACUUUGUUGGAUAAGGAUCGCGGAUAUUAAAAGUUUUAACUUUU